AAGCUUAGCCUAUCUAUUGAUUUGGAGUGUCUUUUUAACAAUGGGACACUUCCAAUUUGGCUAUAUGGUCCACAUGAUGAGUGUACUUUGGGACAUAACUCCUUGAAUCUACGGGUUCAGCCCAACUAAUAUCCGCCAUGUCAACGUCACAGCUAAUAGUAUUUUUCCGAUGAUGGCAGCUGUUGGUGGUGCUGUUUCAUGGAAGCUCUCAAGAUACGGAAAAAGGAAGGCUCUUAUAGCUUCAUCAGUAAUCUGCUUAUUUGGAAGUGGUAUUUUAUAUAUUGGGUCUGUGUACGCAAUGAUAGUCGCAAGAGGAAUCAUCGGAAUUGGAUUUGGCAUCACCAGUGCUGUAUGCCCUCUUUUUCUAUAUGAAAUAGCAAGAGCAAGGUAUAUCGAAAUCUGAAUUGUUUCGAUAUGGAUGUGGAUUAACAUUGGAUUUCUGGCUCCUUUGUUGCUUGAUUUCUUCUUACCAAGAGUUCGUCGAUCUGACCUCAUUUAUGAAAACAUUUGCACGCAAUUAGAAGGAGAGCAUCUCAUAUGGAGGGAGAUGGUGAUUCCAGUCAGCUUCGUUGCAUUCAUCCAGCUAAUUUUCUUACUCUUCGUGUUUAGAAGAGAGAACCCUAUCUAUGAGAAGCACCUCAAGGAUGUCUCUUCAUCGGCUGAGUCAUUAGAGGAGUCUUCUGAAGAGGGAUAUAAUGCUGGUAUUAAUUAUGACUGAAAUGACCAACAAUCCUCCCAAAGGAAAGAAACCAGACUUGAAAAGGACACAUGGAGCAAUCUGUGGAGGAUGUCUGAGAGAAAGAAGAUCAUCGCCGGAUGCUUAAUGAGAGGGUUCCAACAGCUCACUGGAGUGAAUAUAAUCCUCAACUAUGCCCUUACAUUUGUAUAUGACAUGGAGCAUAAGAGGAUUAACUUAUCAUUUACAAUCACAUGAGCUUCAAGCCUUUUCCUUAUCCCAUCUAUCAUAAUGAUUAAGAGGUUCGGAAGGAAAUAAUUUAUUCAUGGCAACAAUGAUAAUCACGUGACUCUGAUGCUGAAUUCUCUUCCAGAUGGCAGAAGAGUUGACUUUAGUAGAACGCAAAGUUCCGAUUUUAGACAGCAUGCCUAACACGGCAUCUACUAUUGUGGUCUGGAUCUUCUUCAUCUGCUUCUGGUUGAACUUUUCAUCCACUCCAGUGCUAUAUUGAAGCGAGACGUUGACAGAUAAAGGUAUAGCAAUAGUAACAGCUGUCAGCUGGAGCAUUAAUACUUUAGUUCAAGCCCUACCUUCUAUAGCUAUGGCUAUUAUUGAGCAAGUUCAAGGUAGAACAAGGUUUCGAAAAGCAAACUCUAUUCUAUUCUUUCUGCUCAGUGGCACAGCAAUGGUGGGCUUCUUCUGAGCAGCCCUCUUUGUGAUAGAAACUCGAGGCAAAUCGAGGAGGCAAAUGUCUGAAGAGUUCAAAGAGCGAGUUUUUAGUCUAAAGAACUCAAAAAUUUACAAGCAUUAAAACAUUUCUGAGGUUUUAACUAUUUUUCUUAAAAAAUUGCACUUU